AUGAAUAACGAUCAAUGGGAAAUUGCAGUUUGCAAAAAGCAUUCCAUAAUCGAUGCAGACAGUACUGACGAUGCUAUUUAUGUAUAUCCUGGUCCAACUUUGGAAGCAGCAAAAGAGCUGAACUACCGUGAACUAUCUGCAUUAUCACCGGUCAAACUGAUGUGCCAAAUAACGCGAAAAAAAGCAAUUACCAGUGGUCGUAUGGGCCAUUACGAACUGUCUGGAUCAAUGUGGGCGGUACACAACUAUGAGUUUGCAAAGAUGGCAUAUGAAGGCACCUUGGGUGUAUUUUUCCAAACUGGACGAGUGAGAGACUUAUGCGUGACUAAAAUUCGAAGAGUGUGGAAUAUACUAGUGGGACUGAACCCUCUGCUGCGGAGAUACGAGGAACCUGAAGUCGCUGUGAAUCUCAUAGAAUAUCACCUUCGCGUUAAUAAUGAUAGGCUUGGCGCACCUACCGGUUGGUCAAACCGAAUUGCAUUGCCACCUCAUGAUGUUGCACCGGCUACUGGGGAUACAGGUUUCGAGGCUGGAGACCUGCGAAUUGGCCAUGAUAGUUCAGAUGAUAUACGAUUUAACCAUCCCUCACUCAUGGCGCUUUUGUUUCCACACCUGUACACAGUCGGACGCGGGCAUUAUUCAAUGACUGUUCCUACUGACGAGAACACGAGAAGCACAAAAUAA